AUGAACGCUCCAGAUAGAUUUGAAUUAUUUCUCCUCCCGGAGGGUGAAGCUAAACUCAAAAUAGAGCCAGAUACCAAGGCGCCAAACGCAGUAAUCGUAACGUUCGAAAAGGAAGAUCACACGCUGGCAAACCUGAUUCGUGGUGAGCUUUUGGAGGAUCAGAAAGUCCUAUUUGCAGCCUACAAGGUGGAGCAUCCUCUCUUUGCUCAAUUCAAGAUGAGAAUUCAAACGGAGGAAGGCUACGACCCAAAAGAAGCAUUGAAAAACGCAUGUAAUGGAAUUAUCUCGAAACUGGGUCAGCUGCAGUCAAACUUUGAGACCGAGUGGAAUCUACAGACGCUGGCCUCGGAGGAAAAUUACGCGAUGUAA